AUGGCGGGAUCCUCCCUUCACCCGACGCUGGGACAUAGACUGACACCAAAUCCCUCGGACCCCAAUCUGACUUCUCCUUCCUCACGAAUCAGUGUGUCCAAGCGUAUCGAAGUCCCGGUGGAACAAGUGACAAUCACGCUACCGUCCUCUGCAAAACCCACUCAAGUCCUAGGGAAAAGGAAAGCAGGGAGACCGCGGAUUGCAAGUAGCCCAAUCCAGGGUGCGUCUUUAAAGAAGAGGAAUCUGACACGGGCAAAAGCGACUUCCAAGAAGUGCCUGAACAUGGACCCUAUUCCCCCAGCCCGACCAAGUUCCUCCCUCAAUCCCACGCCAACCCAAGGCGGCACCGUGGCUCCGAAGAAAAAGGCAUCUCAGGGACGCAAACAGAAGAAUAAGGUGGAUUUUCACAAUCCACCAAAUUCUCUUCCUUAG